ACAGUAGGUUGUGUAAAUGCACUGUCCUUUACAACCCGCCAUUAACAAGAACAAGAAGAAGAUCCAUCCAUUUUUGUUCAGAGUGUAAACAUGUUUGGGUGUUUAGGAAAAAUUAUAACUUCUGUUUUAUUCGGUGUGGCUAGUUGUAUAGUUUUUCUUCUGACACGCGGUGAUAUGUUUCAACGGAAGGUGUCUGUAGAGUUGAAUCCCGGUCUGACUCCUCCGUGGGUUCUUCCUCCUGGAGUGAAUCUGGUUCAUGUGCGAGGUCUGGGACAAAGUGACACACUUCACUUCCUGCUGUGUAAUCAUGGAGCUCCAGCACUGCUGAUGGUCAACACUUACAGCACACAGUCAUCAGUGCAGGUGGACUGGCCUUCCUUCAUCAACAGCAGUUCACCCAGCAGCCUGAAGGUGGAGCCGCAGACCAGUGUGCGGUACAGCAGGGCGCUAGUGUUCACCAGAGUGUGGGAGUACGAUGACGUUCGUAACACCGCCGACCCCCAGCUGACCCCAGAGUCCAGUUUUUACCCUCCAUACGAGCUGCAGAACUUCAUCUGGUCUGACCCCAAGAUCACUGUUAAUCAGUCGGGUAUCACGGUAACACUGUGCGGUGGAGUGAAAACGGAGAGUUUCGUCAACGGCUCCCUCUGUCUGCAGUUCUCAGCGUUUGAGUCAGUGGGUCGUGAUCAAGUGUGGCCAAAUCUCCGUCAUAACGCCAACUCCUCGCAGCUGGGUGUGUGGAUGGACGGUGUAACGCCGCGAGGAAACCACUCCAGAUUCGCUCUAGAGUUUCAGUCUGUUGGAGAAUCAGUAUUCAGGGAAAGAACUUAUGACAGCACCUGCAUAGACGAUGAGUACAAACCCUAUUUCUUUCAGGUGUCUAAUUGGGUCUCGGUUCCAGUAAAUGGUGACAAUGUGUGGGGUUAUAAUCAGUGGAAACCUGUGGCGUAUCGUAAACCAGAACCGGACCCCACACCCUGCAAACACUCCGAGCUUGUGUCCGAGGACCAGAUCCCUCAGUCCCAUCUGGUGCAAGCGUAUUUCAUAAAAGAUCCUCAGACUUACGGACUGAACAUCAGCUUCGGCAUCCCUGGAGACCCAGUUUUUUACAGUGACACCAAAUACAUCAGCUGGACUGUUUUAAUGGGCUUGGGUGUACCUCUGGGCAAUUCAUUCUACAAUUUACACAUUGCCUUCAUACCCAUUGGAAUUGUUAUACUGCUGUUCAUUUUCGCAGUUGAUUGUGCUUGUAAGAGGACAUUGGGCUACACACGAAUCUGACAUUACAAGCCUUGAUCUCAUGCACACACAAAACAAUUAGUGAUAAGGUUACUGACCACUGAGAGGACCACUACAAACACAUUACUGUUAAUUGGACGACUGACUUAAAAUUUAGAAAUAACACAAUAAAUGAUCUGGAUGGGUCGGUCUUUUUUGUUUAAACAGAUUACAUAUUGAAUUUUUCUACACCUUUAUACUUAAAUCUCAUAGGCUGGACAACCACAGAUCAAACCUGCAAGUGCAAACUAAUUUUUUUCCUUUUAUUUUCUUAAUACAUUUUUCAUAGAUAUGUUUGUUUGUCCCAAAAUUCUGCUUGUAAAAUCAAUUAAAAGGGCCAGAAUAAUGACAACUGCACACAUUUUAAAGACUUGAUAAACGUUUUCUCUUUAAUCCUGAAAUAUAUGCAAAUGUUUUCAUAAUUAUUCAGAACUGCACUGAGCAAGGUUCUCAGUAGGGAUGCCCAAAUCCUAAUUAAAAAUUAGAAAAACAUGGAUAAUGAAUAACACAAUCUAUGGAUUUUCUAAAAGGGACAUGACUAGUCUUGCUGUGGUCAUAUUACAGUACUUCAGAUUUCACUUAUCACUUGAGGAUAGUAAGGAGAGAGGAUUGACAUGAUGAUGUCGAAGGAUUUGAUGCAGAACAAGUCCUGAGUGUCACUGACAAAUGUCAUGUAAAAUCAGUACCUCCUAAAUUCAUACCCUAGGUUAUAUAAUGUUUUUACAACUUAUCAAUUAAAUAUUUAUUAUUUUAUAUUAUGCAUAGCUGUAAAGCAUUUAUCAUUUAUAAAAAAAACAUCAAUAAUGAUGAGCCAUUUGUUCUUCAGGAGGAUAGAUAGAUUUUCAGUCAUUGUAUACCUUCUAUACACACAGAGCGCAUGUAAUUACAAAUCGGAAAGUGAAAGGAAAAACAAGCGUACAUUUAAAAAUGUUUUCUUUAAUUCAAUAAUUCACCAUGUCCCUGUAGGGGAGCUGUAGAAUGAGUCAUUUCCUUUCUGAACAUGGCAUUCACAUUUGGGCACAUCCCUAGUUCUCAGGGAGUUUUACAUAUGUUGAGUUUUGAUGUUUUUAACUUAACUGUGGUAUAUGGUACAAUUUUAUUUUACAUUUAUUUGCACUAUAGAAACACUUAAAUCUUUUAUAAAAGACUUAUUAAUGUUGGAUAAAAAUGUUUAUUCUUCUCUAUAUAAAUUUGGUGAACACUUUUUGGGUGUGUGUAUGUGUGUGUGUGUGUGCGUGCAUGUCCACUGUGGAUCACUAAUGUUUUAAACAACUGUUGCAUGUCAGUCAAACAUUGAAACUGUUAAAAUCAGAUCUUGUGCAUCAUUUAUUCAUACAUCAGAUUCUAGAUAUACUCGGCAGGACUGCAUUAUGAUAAACAUAUGAGAAAUAUGGAACAAAACAAUGCAAUAACAGCAUGACAAAAACAACAGCAUCAUCAUUAAUCAUGUAAUCAUCUUAUUAUUCCAUUAAUCAUUCAUAAUAAUCAUUUAAACCAUUUAUAUACUCAUUUCAUUGAUUAGUCAUUUAUAAUUUUUACUUUUUUAUAUUAUUUUGCAUUGUUUUUUAGUCUUGUGACUGUUUGUUUUUGUCUUUACAAGUAAAUGAUAAGAGAAUGUCUCCAUUUCAGAGGUUGUUGUUGUGAAGCAGUAUUUUUCCAUUGUUAUGGCUUGUGCUGAAAUAACUCUUUUUGUAUUUGUACUGGUCUAAGCAUUGAAACAUAUGCAACUAAGAUUAUGCAAUAAACUCUUGUCUUUUUUGUCAUCAUA